AAAAUCAUGAUUCCAUUUUUUCCAGUUCUUUUCUUAGUUGCCUGCUCUCUCUGUUUACAGUCUACGAAUAUAUUAUUCAGUUCUGAAGCUCUAGACCUAUGUUCACCAACCCAGCCUUCUUUAGAGAUGAAAGAUUAUUUUGAUCCUGCUGAGUUCGUUCUGUGGUGGCGGAUAGACAUUUGUACACAGGACAAACUGACGUUCAAAAUGGCUACAACAAUUCUGCACUCUGUAUCCAAAAAUAGAGACGUUUUUCUGAACUCUGAUCACUGCUCUGAAAAAGUCAACAUAUUCAGUAUAUCUAGAGAUGAACACUGUUUAAAGAUUAAUUUUGCUUUAAUUAGUAUAUCUAGAGAUGAACACUAUGUAUAA